AUGGACGAUGACGGACCCGCAGACUCCGAUGCUUCUGCUAGCAUGCACGAAAUCCCUCGAGCGAAGAAACCAGAGCUUCCCAAACCUCCAUUCGAACAAUUUACCCAUCAAAGCAUCGUCGAUGCUGCAAAAUGUGGCGUCAACUCGGACACAGAUCUAUCACCUGCACGUAUGGAAAGAGCAUGGGAUGACCUCGGAAAACAAGGGCAGCAAUACUGGGAGGCACGAUAUGGAAGGCAAGUGGUUGAAUUUCACAAGGAGAACGAAAUUUGGGAGCGCAAUCACCCUCAAUUGCGAUUUACCUACGACCCGGAAGAAGGACACAAUUUCGAUUACAAGGCCUUGAACUUUGACGUGGCUCCUGUUGCAAAAGCUUUUGAUGAGUUUGUUGGGAAAUGCAUUGACCAUCUCUUCAAUCUCUCCAAAGGGCCGGAGCCUACGUCUGCAGAAUCAGAGAUGCCGUCGACUCGUAGUCUAUCUCCUCCACCUCACCCACUACCGAAAGUCUUGUAUCGAGCUGAAUUAUAUCGAUUGCGCGUGACUUGGCUGGCUGGCCGGACACGCAAGCUGCGAGCCACAUAUUUGAAGACCUUUGAGCACGAUAAGCAAAUGCCUUUAACCCUACAUUCGAGCAAAGAACAAAGUGAUGCGCCUAUCUUCGAGGUUACUACAUUCCUGGCUGCACCAAAAAUGCCCAAAAAAGGACCCCUCGAGAAAAUCUUCCAUCCGUCGUACAGUGAUAACGACUCCUUUUCAGACGGACCCCAUCCAGAGCCAAUUCGCUACCGUCCUGGAGAGCAAAUAGUAGCUAGUGCAGAUGCCGGGAUGAUCCUGACCAUCAAUUCAGAAUCCAUCAUUGAGGCUCUCCACUCAGUCGCUCCUGGCUAUCCAGACCUAGCCUUUGAAGGUGAUUCGCUCGUCGUGGCGGAGCCUUAUUGCGUUUUGCUGCAAUUUCGUGACGAGAUGCUUGAGUACCGCGACUCGCUGUUGCCAAAUUCAUCUUCCGUGGGAAUCGAACUUCAUAAUAACCAAGUCGCGGAUAAAGACAUUGAUGAUUUCGUGGCAAAAGGUCUCGGAGUAAGCGAUAUGCAAGUGCAACAGAAUUCGCAGCAACCAGACCAUAUCACCGAGCUCUAUAAAUUCCUAGACCAGAGAUACUUGAAUGCAAUGAAUUUGGAAAAGCAACGAUGGGAAUGCCAUGAGGCUGUCUGCACUUUUGAAUGGGCUUGGCUGCUUUUCACUCCCGGAACUCUCGUUUACGAGGAAAAGGAGAACACUUCCUUACCGAGCGCUUUUACAGUAGAAUCAUUUUCAUUACAAGGGCUGUUCCAUUACGAUCGCCAUAGCAAGCGGCCUAAUGUCAUGCCAUCUAGGCUUGACACGGGGCGUAAAUUGAAACUUAGACAUCGACUUCGCAAAGUGACAAUUGUCUUGACAUACCUCAAGAAUGACGGCCGGAAAUGGAUCCCAGCGAAGAAGAAGGUUAAAAUAUUGCCGUUCAAUGGAGAACGACUGAUAACUAACCUUCCCAUCUAUCCCGCCAAAUAUCGUUGCGAUCCUGAUGGCUCACACGAGGUCGUCGUUAUCAAACCUUGUCGUCGAGGGGCCAAUUUGAAUACCACGGAUUCACAAUAUCAGGAACUCGCCGAUGGUUAG